CAGAAGAAGAAGAAGAAAGAGGCAACGGUUUUCGUCAGUAACUAUAUAUAAAUAUAUGUAUGUUUUGUUUGUUUAAUUACAAUUGACUGUACAAUUUACAAUACGACUGUCACUGACAGUCUUGCAGGUUCGGAAAUAACACCGUAAAACUAAUUAUUAAAAAGGUUAUACAGUGAAACUGGAUUUCUGGAAUAUACAUCAAUAUGAGGAACACUUUCAAAGCCGUUAUGUUUGUGUUUGUAAUGAGCGGUGUAUUUGGUGCUGAUGAAGGGAAGUCAGCGUCAGUGUCAGUGAUGGAAGGAGAUUCUGUCACUCUAAACCUUAAUCUUACUCGUAUACAAGGAUUUAAUAAAAUUGAGUGGAAGUUUGCGAAUACAACUCUAGCCCGUGCUAAAAUUGCAAAUGUGCUUCCAUAUCCUGAUCAAACUGUCAUAUCCAAAGAUCGACUGCAUCUGAAUAAGACUGGAUCUCUGACCAUCAGAAAUAUGAGAACCAAUUUCUCUGGACAAUAUGAAGCAGUGGUCUUCCAUAACAGUGGUACCAAUAAAACUCAAAUCGUGGUUACUGUUUAUGGGUCUCCACUUGUUAUCAAUGCUCAUAAAGCUGAAACAAAGAGCUUGUCAGUGACAGAGGGAAACCCUGUUACUCUUCACACUGAUUUUACUGAACUACAUGGAGAUGAGCUGAUAGUGUGGAGGUUUGGAGAUGAGGGAAAACUCCUGGCUAAAGAAGACAAAGAGACCAAGAGUUCACCAUAUUAUGAUACUGAUGAGAGGUUCAGAGACAGACUGAAGCUACAUGACCAGACUGGAUCUCUGACCAUCAACAACAUGAAAGACACAGACGCUGGACUUUAUACACUGAAGAUCAACUGCAACAAUGAUACAUUAUACAAAAAAUUCACUGUUACUGUCAGUGGUUCAGGUGUGUCUUCAGCUGCUGUAGCAGGAAUUAUUAUUGUUCUGCUGCUGCUGUUUGCUGUUGUAGCUGGAUUGGGUUUUCUUUACCAUCGCCGCAAGAUCUCCAAACAACACGUGGAGAAACCAUAUCAUACAGCAGAGGGAGAAAACGUCACUUUAAAGACCAAAAUUAAUCUGCUUAAAGGCGAUGAGAUCCAGUGGUGGUUUAGAAAUGAAAACUCUCCAAUAGCUGAAAUAAUUGAAGGGAUUGGAGAGACAUAUGGUGGUCCUGAUGAGAUAUUCAGAGACAGACUAGAGCUGGACGAGACUGGAUCUCUGACCAUCAAGAAGGUCAGACAUGAACACACUGGUGAAUAUAGGUCAAAGAUAAUCAACUGCAGUGGAGAAACCAUAAACUGGAGAUUCAGUGUUCAUAUUAAAGAGGAGAAAAUGUUAGUGAGUCCUGGAGAAUCUGUCACUCUUAAGGCUGAUGCUGAAAUACAGAGAGAGGAUGAGGUACAGUGGCUGUUUAAAGUUCAAAAUGAUCUGAUUGCUAAAAUGACUGGCAACACCAGAGAGAUAAUAUAUCCUGAUGAGAGAUUUAGAGACACACUGAAGAUGGACAAGAAGACUGGAUUUCUGACCAUCAAUAACAUCGAACCUGAACAUACUGGACUUUAUAAACUGAAGAUCAACAGCAGAGGAGAAGCCACGUACAAGACAUUCUCUGUUUACAUUAACGCUCUCACAAAUGAAAAGCUAAUUUUUGAGGGAAGGAUAGGAGAAUCUGUCACACUAAAACCUGAUAUUAAAAUACAGAGAAAUAAUGAAAUACAGUGGAUGAUUGCAGAUCAAGACCGUCUAAUUGCUAAAAUGACCAGAGGAGCUAGAAAGAUAACAUACCACGAUGAGAGAUUUAGAGACAGACUAGAGCUGAAUAAGAAGACUGGAUCUCUGACCAUCAACAACAUCACUAUUAAAGACAUACGAGAAUAUAAGAUGAAGAUCAUCAGCAGCAGUGGAACCACUGAAAAGAAAUUCAGGGUUCUUAUCAAAGGGGAUCCAGUAUUUUUCAAUGAGGGAGAUAGAGCUGUUCUACAGUGUGCUGCAGAUAUACAGACUGAUAAGAUUGAAUGGAGGUUUAAAAGUGAGGAGUCUCCCAUAGCUGAAGUGGAAGGUGGACAGAUCUUUCUAUAUAAUGGUUCUGAUAUGAGAUUCAGAGACGGACUGGAGGUUGAUGAAAGAACUGGAUCAUUGAUCAUCAAGAACUUCAGACAUGAGCAUGUGGGGCUUUAUCAACUAAUGAAAAAGAGUUCCAGCACAGGAGACAGUGUCAAAGCAUUCAAUCUUUUUGUCAGAGAAAAAAAAAUAAAUACAGCAGAGAGAGAAAAUGUGACUUUAAAGACUGAAACUAAACUACUUGAAGGUGAUGAGAUCCAGUGGUGGUUUAGCAAUGAAAACUUCCUAAUAGCUGAAAUAAUUGAAGGGAUUGGAGAGACAUAUAGUGGACCUAAAAAGAGAUUCAGUGACUGCCUGGAGCUGGACAAGGAGACUGGGUCUCUGACCAUCAAGAACAUCAGACGUAAACACACUGGUGAUUAUAGGUUAAAGAUAAUCAAGCGGAGCGGAGAAUCUGUCACUCUUAAGGCUGAUGCUGAAAUACAGAGAGAGGAUGAGGUACAGUGGAUGUUUAAAGUUCAAAAUGAUCUGAUUGCUAAAAUGACUGGCAACACCAGAAAGAUAAUAUAUCCUGAUGAGAGAUUCAGCGACACACUGAAGAUGGACGAGAAGACUGGAUCUCUGACCAUCAAUAACAUCGAACCUGAACAUACUGGACUUUAUAAACUGAAGAUCAUCAGCAGAGGAGAAGCCACGUACAAGACAUUCACUGUUUACUUUCAUGAAAUCAUACCUAAAAAGUACAUUAUUGACGGAAGGAUAGAUGAAUCUGUCACACUAAACCCUGAUAUUGAAAUACAGAGAAAUAAUGAAAUACAGUGGAUGAUUGGAGAUCAAGACUGUCUAAUUGCUAAAAUGACCAGAGGAGCUAGAAAGAUAACAUACCAUGAUGAGAGAUUUAGAGACAGACUAGUGCUAAAUGAGAAGACUGGAUCUCUGACCAUCAACAACAUCACUAUUGAAGACAACAGAGAUUAUAAACUGAGGAUCAUCAGCAGCAGUGGAACCACUGAAAAUAAAUUCAGUGUUCUUAUCAAAGGGAAGCCAAGUUUUUUUUGUGAGGGAGAUAGAGCUGUUCUACAGUGUGCUGCAGAGAUACAGACUGAUGAGAUCGAAUGGAGGUUUGAAGGUGAGGAGUCUCCCAUAGCUGAAGUGGAAGGUGGACAGAUCGUUCCAUAUAAUGGUCCUAAUUGGAGAUUCAGAGACAGACUGGAGGUUGAUAAAAGUAAUGGAUCACUGACCAUCAAGAACAUCAGACGUGAGCAUGAGGGGCUUUAUCAACUAAAGAGAAAGAGUUCCGGCACAGCAGACAGUUUCUAUGCAUUCACUGUUACGGUCUAUGAUUCCAUUAUUGUUGGAUGGGUAGGAAAAUCUGUCACACUAAAGUCUGAUACUGAAAUACAGAGAAACUAUGAAAUACUGUGGCUGAUUGAAGACCGUCUAAUUGCUAAAUUGACCAGAGAAGCUAGAGAGAUAACAUAUCUAGAUGAGAGAUUUAGAGACAGACUAGUGCUGGACGAGGAGACUGGAUCUCUGACCAUCAACAACAUCACUGUUGAAGACAAUAGAGCUUAUAAAAUGAGGAUCAUCAGCAGCAGUGGAACCACUGAAAAGAAAUUCGGUGUUCUUAUCAAAGGGGUUCCAAUGUCAUUCAAUGAGGGAGAUAGAGCUGUUCUACAGUGUGCUGCAGAUAUACAGACUGAUGAGAUUGAAUGGAGGUUUAAAAGUGUGGAGUCUCCCAUAGCUGAAGUGAAAGGUGGACAGAUCAUUCCAUAUAAUGGUCCUGAUAGGAGAUUCAAAGAUGGACUGAAGAUUGAUGAAAAGACUGGAUCACUGAUCAUCAGUAACAUCAGACGUGAGCAUGAGGGCCUUUAUCAACUAAUGAAAAAGAGUUCCAGCACAGGACACAAUAUCAGUGCAUUCGAUGUUAUGGUCUAUGGUUCCACAGGAAACCAAGUGAAUGAUUCAGUGACUGAAGAAUCACCAUUGUUGUAUGAAGAUGAUCAGAAUGUCGUGUAUGAGAACGAGAGGAUGAGUUCACUUUAAUGAGAGAAGACACGCCCACCAAUGCCAAUCACUGUGACAUCAUCAACAUUUAAAGGUGACAUACUGUAUAGUGAAUUGAUUCAGUUAGUUGAAUUAUUUUGUAUUAUCUACAGGUAACAGUCUGUGUUUUGGCUGACAAACUUCUGAUGACUUAAAAACUUUAAACUGAUUAAGAACUUAUAAAUAGUACAUACACAUAGUACACAAUAGUACACACUUACCUAAAGUACAUGCAAAUAUUGAAAGCAUGCUAACUAAAAGUCCCGUGUGCAACUUAACAGUCUUAUAGAUUUUCAAGAGAACGAGGAAACAAUGAGGUUUGAGGCUCAUGAGGUAUGGCUGUUUCCAUGUACGCAGCGAUUAUUAUUCUGUUAUUCCUAGGUAUAACCAGAUUUUCAUUAUAGCACUUUUAAAGCUCCAGCUACAACCACAAAUCAUAUUUCUGCUUUUCUGAGCUUCUACAAUCCGUCCAGUGAAUGUAGGAAACAAACCUGUGUUUGAUCAGCCGUUAAACUCGUGCGUGCACGUAUGUGUAUGUGCGUGUGUGUGUAUAAAAAGAUUCUGUGUUUAGAUGGAGAUGGAAGUGUGUUGCUAAAACACUGUCAUAUCAUUUUAUAAAUGUUACUCAUCAUAUCUGUUACUCUGUUAGUAGUUUAAUUCUCAGAGCUUUGAUUGAGUGUGAUUGUAGACAGCGAUCAGCUUUUAUCAUACGUUUUACCACAGCAGUGUUUCUCUAAUCAUUGCGUUAGAUGUAUUUUAAUUUUAAUAAUUAACACCAAUAUCAGGAUAAUGGCACUGUUUUUGGGUCUCGGGUAUGAAACCCACAUUUCAGAAACAUCUUGACCAUCAGUGCCAGACUUAUAUUCAGUCUAUUAUUGUUACACGUUUAUUGAAGAAGUUAAUCAGCUGUAACUCUUAUAUACAGUAUUUUACUUUUCAUUUAAACUUUAUACUUUUCAUUAUUUACUAUUAUUGAGUCUAUUAUUUCACUCUCAUUUUAUUAUGCUUUAAAAUGUUGUUCUGAAGUGAAUCUUCUUUAUGUAAAUCUGAUCUGUGUGUCAAAUUUAGUAUAUAAAGGACUUUGUAUUUAUGCUGAAGCACUUAAACUAGCCUUUAACUAAAGAAGCUCUUGUUCAACUCGAGCACUUACUGAAGUGACGUUGCACUGUUAAAAUUGCCUUUGAUUUAUUGAUGAAUCUGUUGGUCAUUUUUGACGACUGCAUGUUCAUAAUGAAUACAUGUCAAAUACUUACUGAAACUUUCUGUCCUCAAGUUUAGUGGACGAUUAUUGUUUCUAGUUUUGCUUUCUAACAACUGUUUUCACACAAAACGCUUAAAAAUGUAUUCAAUUGGUAUUCAAGUCAAAAAUAAUAAAGAAAAUUUGUGUGAAA